AUGACUAUCGGGUUUGAAAUACCAGUAUUUGGUGCGAAUGCUGCUUUCAAAGCCAUCGAGUUAGGGGCAUCACGCAUUGAGCUUAAUACUUCAGGAUCGUACUCAGAUGGAGGCUUGACACCAUCACUUGAGGAACUAAAAGGUUCUUCACACGUCAGAGUUCCACUCCGCGUUAUGAUCAGGCCCCGUGGUCCUCCGUCAAAACCCAAAGCCCGUGACUUCAUCUACUCCGACGAGGAGUUUGAGCAAAUGGAGACUUCUAUACAAAGAUUCAAAGAUGCAGGCUUAUUAGAUGAGGGACGUGGUGACGGCUUUGUUUUUGGAAUCUUGAAAGAGUCCCAGGGUGCUUCUGAGCCUGGUACUGGCAGGAGGAAAUGCUGGGUUGAUAAAGAGAGAUGCAACCGUCUAGUUAAAGCCGCUCGUCCGUUCAAAGCCGUGUUUCACCGCGCAUUCGACGAAAUAGUCAGCUGUGAUGAUACUGGGAUAGCUAUCGACGAUCGAUAUGCUUGGCGGGCAGGGUUGGACGAUCUAGGGGCGUGUGGCUUUGACGCUAUACUCACAUCCGGCGGGCUCGGAAAUGCUAUCCAGAACCUAGCUAUGCUGGACAGAAUCAUCACAAGAGCGGAAGUAUUAGGAAUCGAGAUUAUUAUUGGCGGUGGGGUUCGAAAACACAAUAUUCAACAGCUGUCUCAGCAGUUAAAGCUAAAAGAAAGGGGGUCAUCAACAUAUGUCCAUUCGGCAUGUCUUUCUAACACUGUAUCUGAGGACGUCGAUGUUGACGAGGUUAUUGGUAUCUUAUCACACUUGGGAUAG